AUGGCACCAUACACUUCCGACCCAAGCUCUUUUCCAGAGCCAGUCAGUCUGGCCCACUUGCUAUCACGCAGCACAAAGGCCCGUGAAGCGUCCACUGUCAAGCAAUUCUACAAAUACUUUCAGAUCCCGGGCAUUGCUCAAUUAGCUGGAGGCCUUCCCGAUGACCACUACUUUCCAUAUGACACACUCGAGGCCAAGGUCGCCCGCCCUGACCGAUGGCAGCCUACUCCAAACAAGCCCCUCGACCCUCCGCCUGAGGACCCUCCGUCCGUGCAGCAAAACAGAUUCUGGGCCUUUUCGCGUAAGAAGGCCAAGCAGCUACCUGCCUCGCGUCUGGUUGUACCAAAGGACUCCAACGUGCAGGACCCUCUGCGCAUGAUCGACCUCAAGUCGGCACUGCAAUACGGCCAGGCCCAGGGAUAUCCUCCCCUGUACUAUUUCAUUCGCCAGUUUACUCGCGAAAACCUGCACCCCUUUGUUCCAUACAAGGACGGGCCCGAGAUCCUCUUGACCUGUGGUUCUACCGAUGGCUUCUCAAAGACAUUGACCGCCCUCAGCAACGAGUGGUCAGCAGAGCAUGACCCCGUCGAAGAGCGACCCGGUAUGCUGUGCGAAACCUACUGCUACAUGAACGCUAUCCAGACCGCCAAGCCACGGGGCUUCAACAUUGCACCUGUUGCCAUUGACAACGAGGGAAUGAUGGUGUCCGGCCCAGGCGGUCUACAAGAUGUCCUGGAAAACUGGGACUUUUCAAAGGGUCGUCGACCACACAUCAUGUACACCGUCACCAUCGGCCAGAACCCCACAUCUGGCACCCUCUCCGUCCAGCGACGCAUCGAAAUCUAUGCCCUCUGCGUAAAGUACGACAUCGUCAUCGUUGAAGACGAUCCAUAUUGGUACCUGCAAUACCCCUCUUCAUUGCCCAGUGGAACCGCCCCCGUCGAGCCCCAAAAGUCGUCAGGUUUUGAGUUUUUGGAUAGCCUGAUCCCCUCAUAUCUCAGCGUCGACUACCAGGGCCGCGUGGUACGCCUCGACACCUUUUCCAAGACUGUCGCUCCAGGGUGCCGUCUUGGCUGGAUCACCGCACAGCCCGCCCUUAUCGAGCGUCUCGUGCGUAUCACCGAGACCUCAACCCAGCAACCGUCUGGUUUCGUGCAAUCCAUGGUUGCAGAAUUACUCAUGGGCCCGCAAUCGUCCAGAGACCCUGGAAAGGGAGGCGCAUCAGACGGAAGCGGCUGGAAAGUCGAAGGCUGGGUGCGCUGGCUCGAGGGUCUUCGCGGCAACUACGAGCGACGCAUGCAGAAAAUGUGUGACUCGCUCGACUCUGGCAAGGAGCUUGUCAAGGCCGGGCGCCGCAAGAGUCUUGCUGAUGUCACUGACCAAGAGGACGACUGGACGGUUGUUGAGAAGAAGCCACUGUACACAUUUGUCCGCCCACUAGGCGGCAUGUUCGUAUGGGUCCGCUUCGACUUUUCAUCGCACCCUCUUGCCAGAGAAGUCCCGCGCUCCCGCCUCUCCAGGGCUCUCUGGAUCUUUUGGACAACCAAGCCCUACCUCUGCCUUGUGGCUCCUGGCAGCAUGUUUGCUGCAACCGAGCAGAUUCGCCAAAAGGAUAGCUUCAACUGCUUCAGGCUGUGCUUUGCUGCCUGUCCUGCUGAAGAUGUGGAGAACAUCAGCACAAAAUUUGUCGAUGGCGCACAAGACUUUUGGAGAAUCAAGACCAAAGCCAAGAUUGACAAGUUGCUUGAAGACGAGGAGGCGAUAAUGGCGGGAGUAGACAAUGCCAACGGCAUGUCCGUCUUGACCGGCAUGUGCUGA